UUGUUUUAAUAAAUUGAUAAGAUUUAAAUUUUGAAGAGUCCUUUCUGGGCAAAGCUUUUGGGCGCUGGUGCUGCCACGGUGUUGACAGUUUGAACUAACCUAACCUAAAAAUUGCCUUGCUUUCGGAAAAUAUGUUCAAAAAAUUUGAUGAGAAGGAAAGCAUUUCCGGUGUUUUGCAGUUAAAAUCUUCAGUUCAGAAAGGGAUACGGUCGAAACUUGUAGAUUGUUACCCCCAUUUGGAAGGUUUUAUCGACAAUAUUUUACCGAAGAAAGAUGCUUUACGGAUAGUCAAAUGCCAUGACCAUGUAGAAAUUAUUGUGAAUUCAGCUGGCGAGCUUCUUUUUUUCAGGCAUAGGGAGGGCCAGUGGAUGCCAACAUUACGACUACUUCAUAAAUAUCCGUUUUUCCUGCCAAUGCUACAAGUUGAUAAGGGGGCUAUUAGGUUUGUAUUAAGUGGGGCCAAUAUCAUGUGUCCCGGUCUCACGUCACCUGGGGCAAAAAUGACCGACGUUCCCAAAGAUACAGUCGUGGCCAUUAUGGCCGAAGGUAAACAACAUGCUUUGGCCAUUGGCAAAACAACAUUAUCAACUGACGACAUAGCAAAAAUUAAUAAAGGAAUAGGAGUUGAAAACUGCCAUUAUUUAAACGACGGUUUAUGGCAAAUGAAACCAGUUAAAUAACUUGUUUAUGGGGCACGUUUUGUAUUUAUUGCGUAACAAUAAACAAUUUUUAUAAUUAAA